AGCCGCCGGUGACUUCCGGUUCUGGCCGGAAGCCCGGCCGGGCGGGGGCGGGGGGCCUCCCGGCGUUCCCACCCGCGGUGCCUCUUAAAGCGGGAUGGCGCCUGGCACUCCGCAGUGUCAAGCCCCCGGCUACGGAAACGUCGGCCCCCUCUGGCCCCGGACUCUGCCCGCCCUCCAGGCUGAUGUGCGGAGCCGGCGCCUGCCCCGGGUUCCCUCGCGCCCCGCACGCGGUUUCCCUGCAGGCGCGCGGCCGACCGCGGGGGCUGGUGGCCCUGCGCUGUGCGCCGCCCUGGGCGCGCUGGGACGGCGAGCGGCGCCCUGGCCCCCGCUGCCCGCCGGGUGCCGGUUCCACGCCCGCUCGCCGGGCUGGCCGCCACGCUGUCGCCAGGCAUUGCCGGUGGUCCCCGCGAAGGACCGCUGUCCCAGAAGAAGCCGGGCUCAGAGCCUGUGUCCUUGUCCCACGGAUGGCUUCCCGCUUCCCUUCAUCCCUCAACUCCGGUGUCCACUCCCUGAAGCGUUUCGCGACCGUCGCAUCUAAAAGCACCUGCAACGGUGACCGGCACAUGGUGGAGUGGAAGAGCGUCCCUGAGAAAUGGCCCGAGCAUGGCUUCCGAUGGUGGGACCCACAGCUGAAUGAGGGGACGAGCGCGAGACCAGUGCUGCUAACUUCCCGUCUUCACGGCCGGCUGAGAGAAGCCUGGAGCCGUUACCUGGGCAGUGGGCUUGCAGUUCCAUCCCAGGGACCACGACAGGCCCAGCUCGUCUCUGUGCGCCAGGCCACGGAGUGAGGCAUCAGCUGCACUGGAGUCAGGCCAUCCCGUCCAUCUCUUGACUCUCCUCGGGUACAAAGUUGUUGUAAGUUCUGGUUAUUUCUCGGAGUCCCUGUUGUAACAGUUCUGUCUGGCUGCAAAGCAUGUAGGUAAAAGCAGAAAAUAUGAGAAGUAAAAACAGUCAACCUGUGGGAUGGAGUCAGGCCUUAUUUUCUUGAGCCCAAAACAAAGUCACACUAACCUGCUGUUGUGAGAAUUAAUUCAGCUUUCAGAAUGACUUCUGUUU